AUGCGCAAUAGCUCUGCCUGCCUCUUGGGCAAUGUAGAGUCCGUACUCGCUUGCAUCAAUGCAGGAGAAUGGGACAGUGCAUCCACUCUCGUCGAGAGUCUUACAGACCUUUCCUCUCCCAAUGCCUCACUUUCGAGUCUGACGGACCCACCUCUGGCGAAGGCGCACUCUAAUAUUCCGGCCAAACCCGUGCGGUCAAAGUCGAUCACGGCCAAAAUUGGAACGUUCAUUUUUGGGCCUCAAACUGUUGCACAGACGAUGCCGGCUGAUGUGGACGAGAAUGGAAUUGAUGAUCAGGCACAGAGGAUGCAGGAGAUGUUGAGGAUGCUGUUGCAGUCGCAUCAAGCUUUGCGGGAAGAGCUAGCAGAGAACACUGCCCAAGCGAAAAAGGAUUUGCGCCUCGAGCCGAACCCCAUGGACUUGUACCGACAUACUGCCAGCCUACCAACUCCGCCUGGUCCAUAUACCCCGGCUUCCAUGGAUAAUGGCCCAAUCGAUGGCCCCGCAGCUCCGCUCCUCUCUAACGGAAAUAGCGACGAGGUUGUCAACGAAUGCAUACGCGUGGUGAAUGCUAUUGGAAAUGGUGACUUUUCCCAACGUGUUUCCCUCUCUGGGGCCUCUCCCCUGCACGCCGCGCUUUCCGUUAGCAUCAACUCUACCGUCGAACGUUUGGACACAGUCAUCACACCCAUGAACAAAGUGUUGAAUGAUAUUGGUACUGAAGGCAAAUUGGGUGCUCAGGUGGAGGUAGGGGAAUCCACAGGCGCCUGGGCCGAUCUGGUGACGGGCGUCAACAAUGUCACCGGAACCCACAGCGAUCGCAUCAAGGAGAUUGUUGAAGUAUGCAAAGCUGUUGCUGCGGGUGACCUGACCAGGGAGAUUCGGGUAGAUCUCAAGGGUGAUGCGCUCAUUUUGAAAGACACGAUUAACAUGAUGGUCACCACACUGAGCUCGUUUGCUACUGAGGUCACAAAGGUGGCGCAUCUGGUCGGAACGGAAGGGCAGUUGGGCGUCCAGGCUCAGGUUCACGGUGUCAGUGGAACCUGGGCUGUUCUUACUGACAAUGUAAACAGAAUGGCUGCCAAUCUAACGGAUCAAGUGCGAGACAUUGCUAAUGUGACCAAAGCGAUUGCACGAGGUGAUUUGAGCAAAAAGGUCCGCGUGGAUGGUCGCGGUGAAAUUUUGGAGCUCAAGGAGACUGUGAACAGUUUGGUGGAUCAGUUGAUAACAUUUGCAGCAGAGGUGACUCGAGUGGCUCGUGAAGUAGGUACCGAAGGGAGGUUGGGAGGGCAGGCUGUCGUCAAGGAUGUUGGUGGAACUUGGAAGGAGUUGACUGAAUCUGUCAAUGCCAUGGCUGGCAAUCUUACUGCACAAGUGCGAGAUAUUGCAUCCGUCAGCUCUGCCAUUGCGAGAGGCGAUCUAAGUCGCACGGUCACUGUGGAUGUCCGUGGUGAAAUGCUGGAACUGAAGGAAACUGUCAAUAGUCUUGUUGAUCAACUGCGAACGUUCGCAUCUGAGGUCACACGAGUGGCGCGGGAAGUAGGCACAGAGGGCGUGCUCGGGGGUCAAGCUGUCGUCAAAGACGUUGCAGGAACAUGGAAGGAACUCACCGAGUCUGUAAACGCGAUGGCGGCAAAUUUAACAGCGCAAGUCCGGGACAUUGCAGAUGUGACAAAGGCCAUUGCCAAGGGUGAUUUGAGUCGCAAAGUACGGGUAGACGGACGCGGAGAAAUCUUGGAACUCAAAGAGACUGUGAAUAGCUUGGUUGAGCAAUUAACCACGUUUGCGUCUGAGGUUACCCGAGUGGCUCGUGAAGUGGGCACGGAUGGUAAGCUGGGCGGACAAGCAGUUGUGGAAAACGUUGCUGGGAACUUGGAAGGAGCUGACAGAGUCGGUGAAUGCUAUGGCAAGAGGGAGAUGCUGGAGCUGAAAGAGACGGUGAACUCUCUGGUCGACCAACUGCGGACCUUUGCGAGCGAAGUGACGCGUGUAGCUCGAGAGGUGGGGACUGAGGGCAAACUUGGUGGGCAAGCUGUCGUUAAAGAUGUCGCGGGAACCUGGAAGGAGUUGACAGAAUCUGUCAAUGCUAUGGCUGCCAACUUAACUGCGCAAGUGCGAGAUAUUGCCUCUGUUAGUACCGCCAUUGCUGCAGGUGAUUUAUCGAAGACUGUGACGGUCGACGUCCAGGGAGAGAUGCUGCAGCUCAAAGAGACCGUCAACAGUCUGGUAGAUCAGCUAAGAACAUUUGCCCGAGAAGUCACUCGUGUUGCUAAGGAAGUAGGAACCGAAGGCAAAUUGGGCGGGCAGGCAGUUGUCAAAGACGUUGCAGGAACUUGGAAAGAUCUAACCGAUUCUGUGAACGCCAUGGCUGCGAAUCUGACCGCCCAAGUGCGAGAUAUUGCCUCUGUUAGUACGGCCAUUGCUGCAGGUGAUCUAUCGAAAACGGUGACGGUGGACGUCCAGGGAGAGAUGCUCCAGCUCAAGGAAACCGUGAACAGUUUGGUGGAUCAGCUAAGGACUUUUGCACGGGAGGUAACGCGAGUCGCGAGAGAGGUCGGAACUGAAGGCAAGCUCGGCGGGCAGGCUGUCGUCAAAGACGUUGCUGGCACAUGGAAAGACUUGACCGAUUCAGUCAACGCCAUGGCUGCAAACCUUACUGCCCAAGUGCGGGACAUUGCAUCCGUCAGUACUGCCAUUGCCUCUGGCGACCUCUCGAAGACGGUUACGGUCGAUGUCCAGGGAGAGAUGUUACAGCUCAAAGAGACCGUCAAUAGUUUAGUUGAUCAAUUGAGAACAUUUGCACGAGAAGUCACACGAGUCGCUCGUGAAGUCGGCACGGAAGGUAAACUUGGUGGACAAGCUGUAGUGAAGGAUGUUGCCGGGACCUGGAAGGAUUUAACGGACUCUGUCAACGCCAUGGCUGCCAACCUUACCGCUCAAGUGCGUGACAUUGCUUCCGUCAGUACGGCUAUUGCCGCCGGUGAUUUGUCGAGGACCGUCACUGUAGACGUUCAAGGAGAAAUGUUACAACUUAAAGAGACUGUCAAUAGUUUAGUAGACCAGUUGAGGACAUUUGCGCGAGAAGUCACCCGAGUCGCCCGUGAAGUCGGCACGGAAGGUAAACUUGGUGGACAAGCCGUCGUGAAGGAUGUUGCCGGUACAUGGAAAGAGUUGACUGAGGCUGUGAAUGCUAUGGCUGAUAAUCUUACGACUCAAGUGCGUGACAUUGGGCGCGUCAGUAAAUGUAUUGCAAGAGGAGACCUUAGUAGUAAGAUAGAAGUAGACGUUCGAGGUGAAAUGCUCGAGCUCAAGGAGACGGUCAAUUCUUUGGUGGACCAAUUGAGAUUAUUUGCUAGCGAGGUCACACGAGUGGCUCGUGAAGUCGGAACAGAGGGAAAGCUGGGCGGGCAGGCCGUUGUCAAGGAUGUUGCUGGUAUCUGGGAAGAGCUGACAAAAUCUGUGAAUGCCAUGGCCGCCAACUUGACGCGCCAAGUACGUGACAUUGCGGGUGUUACCAAGGCCGUCGCGAGGGGAGAUCUUGGCAGGAAGAUUGUCGUCGAAGGUGGAGGCGAGAUCCUGGAAUUGAAGGACACCGUCAACCGAAUGGUGGAUCAGUUGCGUACAUUUGCUGCUGAGGUGACGAGAGUAGCCCGCGAGGUCGGAACGGAGGGCAAGUUGGGUGUGCAAGCUCAGGUCGACGAUGUAGAGGGCACUUGGAGAACCAUUAUCGUCAAUGUCAACACCAUGGCUGCCAAUUUGACAUCGCAAGUCAGAGCCUUUGCAGAUAUUAGUGCCGCGGCGACGGAUGGCGACUUCACGCGUCUCAUUGAUAUCAAAGUCGAAGGUGAAAUGGCUAGUUUGAAGAGCAAGAUCAACCAAAUGGUCUUGACCUUGCGCGACUCUAUUCAAAAGAACACGGCCGCAAGGGAGGCUGCUGAACUUGCAAACAGAGCAAAAUCAGAGUUCCUUGCCAACAUGUCUCACGAAAUUCGUACGCCAAUGAACGGUAUCAUUGGCAUGACGGCCCUGACACUCGAAACAGAGCUUACCCGCCAACAAAAAGACAAUCUUAUCAUUGUCUCCUCGCUUGCCAACUCUCUCCUCUCCAUCAUUGACGACAUUCUCGAUAUCAGCAAGAUUGAAGCUGGUCGCAUGGUUAUGGAGGAGAUUCCAAUGAGUUUGAGGAGUGUGGUGUUCUCGGUCUUGAAAACGUUGGCGGUCCGGGCGCAUCAAAAGAGUUUGACAUUGGUGUUUGAUGUCGAUAAUGGAAUUCCGGAUCAAUUAGUAGGAGACCCUUUGAGGUUGAAGCAAGUUAUCACCAAUCUUGUUGGAAAUGCUAUUAAAUUUACCGCCGAGGGUAUUGAUCUUUCCACUACCCCGAGAACGGGUGAAGUUGUUCUACAUGCUUCGUUUAAAGGAAUCGCCGGCGACGUUGUGGAGCUUUUGUUCUGUUGCUCGGAUACGGGCAUUGGAAUUGAAGAGAAUAAGAUGGAUUUGAUUUUUGAUACAUUCUGCCAGGCGGAUGGAUCUACGACAAGAAAGUUUGGAGGCACCGGUCUUGGGCUUACGAUUUCACGUCGCCUGGUUGCGCUCAUGGGAGGCGAUCUUUGGGUCAAGUCCAUCUUUGGCCAAGGGUCUCAGUUUUACUUUAACGUCCGAUUCAAGCUAUCCCAGAAAAUUGCGGAAGAUGUUGAACAGAAAAUGUCAGCCUUCCGCAACUCGAGCAUCUUGCUCUUGGAAGAGGAAGACUAUAACUACGAGUUGGAGGAGGCCUUUCACCUUGGCCUUGUCACAACCCUCGUCCGCUCUCUCCCUGAAGCCUCUGAUUUCGCCGAACGCACAACAUACUCCACCAUCAUCCUAUCCUCCCUCGCCACCCUCGAACGUGUCCGAGACGACACUCGUCUCAGAUACAUUCCUGUCGUCCUCUUUGCAUCCGCAGCUCGUAUGCGCCUUGACAUGAAGUGGUGCAUUGACACGGGUAUUUCCUCAUACGCUUCCAGUCCCGCAACACGGGAAGACAUAAUCAACGCCCUCGUUCCUGCGCUGGAGAGUUCGAUCCAGAGUGGGACGCAUGGCACUGGAGAAGCGGGCGCCGCAAGUGGAAGCGCCGGCACAGGUUACGAGAUUUUACUGGCUGAGGAUAACCUUGUGAACCAAAAAUUGGCUCUAAAGAUUUUGGAAAGAUUUGGACAUAAGGUGGUCGUGGUCGAGAAUGGAAAACUGGCGGUUGAGGCGUUCCAACGGAAUGCAUUUGAUUUGAUUUUGAUGGAUGUUCAGAUGCCAAUCAUGGGAGGCUUUGAAGCAACCCAGCGCAUCCGCGAAAUUGAAAAGAAAAUGGGCCAUGACACCCCUCUGAAAAGGAUACCCAUCGUUGCCGUUACCGCCCACGCCAUGAUUGGCGACCGGGAAAAAUGUCUCAAUGCAGGCAUGGACGAAUACAUUACCAAACCACUGCGCAUGAACGAACUCAACGCCAUCAUCAACAAGUUCCCCAAGCGUGUCCACCAAGCCCACGUCACGGGCGGUCGGGCAGCUGUCGCCACAGGCGGCGCCGCGAGUGCCGGACUCGGUUUAGGCGCCGAUAUGCGGUUGGCAACAGAUAGAGCCGUCGGAAGCGUCAAAGGCCUCGGUGUCGGUGCUGAAGCCGUCUUGUCGCAUAUGCAGCAACAACAGCAACAACAGCAACAGCGUCAGCAGCAGCAGCAACAGCAACAAAUAGAAGAUCGCGACCGUGAGUGGGAAAUGGCUAGAGAAAGACAAAUCGAAAGAGAGCGGGAACUCCAGUGA